AAACAAUACUGGUUUUGAUGGAGAAAAUGUCUAGACUCCACGGCUGAGAUGUGACACCACGAUUCGACACUGUGAACACAUUCACAAGCUUUUGUUUGUCUAAAAAUACAUGGAGAUUUCCAUUGAGCCGUUACCGGUGCACGUGCAGCUUCCCAUUUCCAACCCUGCAGAAGUGUGGAUCUUUUUGACAGAUAUCGAUUCAAAGCUGCUGACGUCAAAAGCAUCCUCCAUCUUUUACGAUUGCAGAGAUGCUGCUUUUCAUUGAAGAAGAACUGAGGAGGUGUCAACCACGCGCACUGCCUUUGUGACAAUCCAGUCCAUACAGAACGGGGGUUGAUAUCUGUUAGUUGUUGAAAUUUGCGGACAUCUGCUCCUCCUGCUGACUGCAAGCCACCGACCACGGGCACAGCCUAUCCCCGGCCUCCCAUUACAACCUACUCUUCCCCGUUGGAGACCAGCUCCACCACGCACAGCCAGCAGCCAUGGCUGAAGACUUGGACAUGCGCAACGAGCUGUCGGACAUGCAGCAACGCGCCGACCAGCUUGGAGAUGAGUCGCUGGAGAGCACUCGUCGUAUGCUACAGCUGGUGGAAGAGAGUAAAGAUGCUGGUAUCAGGACUUUGGUUAUGUUGGACGAGCAAGGAGAACAACUCGAUCGUGUUGAAGAUGGCAUGAACCAUAUCAACCAAGACAUGAAGGAGGCCGAGAAAAGUUUAAAAGAUUUAGGGAAAUGCUGUGGUCUUAUCAUAUGUCCCUGUAACAAGAUGAAGAGUGGCGGCAGCAAGGCUUGGGGGAACAACCAGGAUGGGGUGGUGGCCAGCCAGCCUGCCCGUGUGGUGGACGACCGCGAACAGAUGGCCAUCAGUGGAGGAUUCGUUCGCAGGGUAACAGAUGAUGCCCGGGAAAAUGAGAUGGAUGAGAACCUGGAACAAGUGGGAGGCAUCAUCGGUAACCUGCGUCACAUGGCCCUGGAUAUGGGCAAUGAGAUCGACACCCAGAAUCGACAGAUCGACAGGAUCAUGGAGAAGGCUGAUUCUAACAAGACCAGGAUUGACGAAGCCAACCAACGGGCCACUAAGAUGCUGGGCAGUGGCUAAGCUCCCAGAGCAUGUUGCUUUUCCCGCAAUCGCAAUUUAUCGCAAUUUAUUGUCAUGGUAUUUACCUUCUAGGUUUGCACAUGUGCACAUAUCACCUCCCCACAUUGUAAAUGUUGUUCUGUGUAUCCUUUGUCUGGCUUUUUCAAUGAUUGUCCUCGUAAAAUGAAAUAUCUCUUAUCCUCUGUAUCAUUCUUUCCAAAGAUUGUAUACAGUGCUGACUCGAUGGCUCUAGUUCACUUGUGAAGUUUUUAUUCUCUUUAUCAAAUAUAGUAAAUACAGGUAACUGCCAAAAUAAAGGAAACACUUGAGUAGAUUAGGGUUCUGGCGGCUCUGUUUUGCUGUGAGUGCAUUUUCCUGGCAUGAUUUAGGUCCAUUCAACCUUUUCGAGGGCAAGGUAAACAACAAUAAAUACACAGCCAUUCUGAGAGAUCACCUUCAACCUGUGCUGAAGCAUUUCUAUUGUGAUAGGAGUGGUCUCUUUCAGGAUGACAAUGCCCCCAUCCACAGGGCACGGGUGGUCACUGAAUGUUUUGAUGAGCAUGAAAAUGAAAUAAACCAUAUUCCAUGUCCAUCUCAGUCACCAGUUCUCAACCCAAUUGAACACUGAUGGGAGAUUCUGGAGUGGCGCCUUGGACAGUGUUUUCCACCACCGUCAACAAAUGAUGGAAUUUCUUGCAGAAGAAUGGUGUCGCAUCCCUCCAAUAGAGUUCCGGACACUUGUAGAAUCUAUGCCAAGGCACACUGAAAAUGUUCUGGUGGCUUGUGGUGGCCCAAUGCCCUACUAUGAUACUUUAUGAUGGUGUUUCCUUUAUUCUGACAGAUACCUGUAUAUACUGUAUAAUGGUACACUGCCGAAUGACAAAUAUAAUAGGAAUGCUAUACAAGCUGUUUUCCUUGUCAGUAUCUCAGUAUUGUCUUAGUAAAACUGUAUCAUUCCAUCAGCUACUGUCAUGCUCCUUGUUUUGAUGUUGUCAUGACAAAUGAAGAAGAGGGAAAAAAAUACGAUGAUUACAAAUUAUAGUAAAUUCAAAAAGCACUUAAGCACUUCAUUACUGUUGAGACAAUGUGCAACUAGAUUCGCUGUAAUAGACUGCAAUCCAAGUGAUGCUAAUUGUGCGUUCUGCAUGACAAAUGGUACAUUCUUUUGCCUUAUACAUAAAAGCGGUCUUAAAAAUAUAUACACUGAGUGUACAAAAACAUUAAGGACACCUUCUUAAUGUUGAGUUGCACCCCACUUUGCCCACAGAACAGCCUCAAUUCACCAGGGCAUGGACUCUGCAAGGUGUUGAAAGCAUUCCUCAAGGAUGCUGAUCAAUGUUGACAAUGCUUUCCACAGCUGUGUCAAGUUGGCUGGAUGUCCUUUGGGUGGUGGACCAUUCUUGAUACACCCGGGAAACUGUUGAUGGUGAAAAACCCAGCAGCGCUGCCGUUCUCAACACACUCAAACCGGUGCGCCUGGCAACUACUACCAUACCCCGUUCAAUUUUAUUGUCUUACCCAUUCAUCCUCUGAAUGGCACACACACAAUCCAUGUCUCAAUUGUCUCAAGGUUUAAAAAUCCUUCUUUAACCUGUCUCCUCCCCUUCACCUACACUGAUUGAAGUGGAUUUAACAAGUGACAUCAAUAAGGGAUCAUAGCUUUCACCUGGAUUCACCUGGUCAGUCUAUGUCAUGGAAAGAGCAGGUGUUCCUAAUGUUUCGUUCACUCAUAAUCAGCAUUAUGACACAGUUAAACGAUCCCUACUCUCCUGCAAGUUUGCAAUAGUUCCACUAUUUAUAUCAACAUAUAUUUACAGACUAUGACCAUUGUACAAUAAUGCAAAAUGAUCUUCACGUGAAGAGAUUAUCGUGAAAAAAUGAGGACCUGUUUUUUUUCAAAAUUCAUAUGCAGUUCAGUGAAGAUAUUGAAUAUGUGCUGAAAGGUGGGGGACUAGUUGGGCACUGUAUCAUAGGUAUUGGAUGCUCUGGGGGAAAAAAAAAGCAAAACAAAGACUCGUAUUUCUGAGAGACCUUACUUUUAUAAGAGGACUACAUUGUGUUUGUUUAAUCACCCCAUGUGGUUUAUUAACGGUAAAAUAAUAAUGAUACAAAUAAAUGAAUAUGACAGUAAAAACACUCUGAAACAAAAAAACGACAGACAAAUGAUUUUUAGUUUGCUUCUGUAUUUGUAUAGCGACGCACACCAAAUCGCUGAGAUGAACGAAUAAACACCUUCUCUGAACGACACCAUAGAUUCAAUUGUGAGAUUUGACGUCCUCAAACGCAUGUAGUAUCACGACGUACCCUUAGUAUUCUGUCAGGUUCUGAAGUGAUGGAACAUUUUGUAGCUAGCUGAAUUGAGAAAUAAAACCUAUUCUCUGUGA